AUGUCGGCCCUACAGACCUUCAUGCUGGUUGUCGAACACGACAAAGAGGAAGCAAAGCGCAUCGCUGAUUCCGUAGCUCAAGAUGUGGAAAGCAAGAAGGCCACCCUGAUCAAAAUUGUUCAGCAACUCGGUGAAUACAUCAAUGACGAAGAUCCGAUUCUUCGUGGCAAAGCGGUUUCCUUCCUCACGGCGGUCAUCAAGGCGCUGCCUCCUCGGUUCUUAUCGCGACAGCAGAUCCAGGUUCUGACGACAUUCUUUGGUGAUCGAAUUGAGGAUGGAGGUGCAGUUGCAGGAUUGGACUACUUGCAAGGUUUGGACCGGUUCACCAAGGAAUUGGCCAUUGAAACCGCUGAGGCCUUGUUUGGCAAUUUCCAAGAUCUUCAGUCUCGUUCCCAGUCACAAAGAUUUCAGGUCUAUCAGUUAUUGAACGAAUUGAUGUCCAAACACCGGUCAGCCCUACGUGAUAUGGGUGAUGAUUCUCUGCUGGGGACGGUGGAUCUUAUGACUGGUGAAAAGGAUCCUAGGAAUUUGAUGAUGGUCUUUUCUAUUCUCAAGGUCGUUAUGAUGGAAUGGGAUAUCACAAACCAUGCCGAGCUUCUUUUUGACUCUGUAUACAAUUACUUCCCUAUCACGUUCCGACCUCCACCAAACGAUCCAUAUGGAAUUACGGCCCAGGACUUGAAGGGCCGCUUGCAGGAAUGUAUUUCGGCGUCGCGACACUUUGCUCCACAUGCCAUUCCUUCUUUGCUUGACAAAAUGGAUUCUACAUCCCCUAAUGUUAAGAAAGAUGCGUUGAAUUGCUUGGUUGCUUGCAUUAACUCAUAUGACCCGGACACAGUAUCCCGAUACUCUAUCACAAUCUGGGAGACCCUGAAAUUUGAGAUUCUUAAUGCCCAAGAGGAAAUCCUCUCCGAGUCGUCCUUGGAAGCUCUGUCAGCAAUUGCCAAGCGACUUUCAGAAGGGGUUAUUGAACCUUCACAAGAUUUGCCGCUUGCACAAUACCUGCGUCCUAUUACCAAGGAAUGCAAUGAGCAACUGCAAGAGCCUCAGCACAAGCAAGCCAAGCCCGCUCAGCAGAUUCUAAGCUCGGUGUCUUCUGCUUCAGCUGUGGCCUUUACCCUCAUUGUCCAGACAGUUGUGGCCCCCAUAUUCACUAUCUACCAAGAAGCAGAUGGAAUCGCUAAGCAGAGGGCUCUACUGGACACUCUGGCUGUCCUGUUCCAGUCUGCCGUACAGGUUUUUGGCCAAUGGACCACCUGGGGAGGUGAAAUCCUCCAGGAGAACCCGCUUUUGGAGUUCAAGGAUCAAUUCUCAGAGACUCUAGGACAGGCACUUAUGGGCUCUGCUAAGGAAGAGAUUUCUUUCCGUGUCACUGCAAUGAAGGGAUUCCUGAGGCUUUCGACCCUGCGGAACUUCUUUCAAGAUAAUGAAAUCGGGUUAUUCGUGCAAUAUCUUGAUGAAAUUCUUUUGAAAGAGGAAUCCGUUGGCCGAGACGAUCUGAAGAAGGAAGCCAUUAGCGCGCUAGCUGAGAUUUCCAAGCAUAAGCCUCGGCUGAUCAUGGAUAUUACUUUCCCGGCAUUUUCGGCGACACUGCCGGAUGAAGAUGAUGGCACUAACACAACCUACUUGUCAACCUUGGAUACUUUGGCGAAGAUCAGCGUUGAGAGGGAUAUCUUCGAAACGCUCUUCCGUCGUCUAUUUAGCAAGCUGUCUUUCUUAAUUCAGAAAGAACAACCAGGAUCUGCUGCUUAUCCAAGAACGAUCCUCAUGACUCUUUUAUAUGUCAUGCAGCAGAGGGAUAUGAAGGCUGACCCUAACGUCGAACUGUACUUCGACAAAGUUGUGUUGGGACUUUGUCGCAGCGUCGCAGAAUCGGCCUCGGGGCAAAGCAAGAACCAGAUCCUCAAUGAUCCUACUAUCCUUGAUACUCUUGGCCGGCUUUGCAAUCUUCUCACCCGAUCAGUAUCCGUUCAAAAGCAAGCGCAUGUCGCUCAAAAUGUCUACACCCUUUUCUCUGCAGGGGAUUUUGUGCCAGUACCUUUCUCCCAAGGAACGACUGUGGAUCAGGAACGCACAAUUAUCAUUUCAACAUACCUACUAGCAGCUCUUUCAAAAGACUGCGGUAACCUCAUUCCCCAUGCAACCUCGGACACAUCAGGUCUGCUAGCAGAUCUCGUCAAGCGAUCUGUAUCAGAUAGCGCAGAACCUGCGACUCAUCUCGCUUUACUGCGACACUUGGCGUUAUUGGUUAACAAAUUCCUCUCUAAGGAAGAUCUGAAUAUUGCUGAGAAGCUGUUCGACUCUUUGGUCAAUUCCGAAGAACAGCCUUUCACCCCCGCCAAAAUUCGCACCAUCUUUUGGCUUGCAAAGGCUCUUGUACUUCGCAUUGCCCCAACCACUACUCACAUCCUGACCUCUUUGCUGGGUCUUCUUUCUUCUCCAGACUCGAAGACCAGCAGCCCAACUGCUCGUGGAUUUGCCAUUCUACUAGGAGACGAUGAUGUUCUCUCGGCAAUAAAUGGAGCUACUAUCCGUUUACUCUCCAAGCAACGGGUCUUUACUACCGUGAUUCCUUUGAUCUCCUCGCGAAUUCGUGAAGUGAACAUCGCUGGUAAUGACCAAACCACUCCAGUCGAGUCAUCCGAUCACAUUAAACCAGCUCACCUUACGGCUCUAUCUGGUAUUCUCUCCACAAUCUCCACAACCCUGGUUCUGCCCGAACUACCCACACUACUUCCCCUUCUCCUCCAAUCUCUCGACCUUCAAACCUCCGACUCCGUGGCCGUUCGAGCCGCAACUCUCGAUACGCUUGCAGUCAUUAUUCGUGACAACGGUGUGGCUGUGAUAGAUAAGUGUGGACACGUCCACAGUCUCGUGCAGCGACUCCUCAAAACAACUGAAUCUAGACCUGGCACAGGGGUAGUGAACCCUCCUCGUCUUCGUGUCGAUUCCCUCAAGUGUAUCUACCUACUUGCCACAAAGCAGGCUCCUGUGGAGUCCGCUCCUAACGCGCGUAUUCCACCGUCUAUCUCUCCGCUCCUUCCGGAGAAGGCUGACGUCUUGCGUUCUUUGCGCGCUGUGUUGGAUGAUCCAAAGCGUGAUGUCCGAAAGGCAGCUGUUGAUGCUCGCAGUGCUUGGCUUCGGGGCGUUGAUGAUGCACCUGAGGAGGAUGACUGA